GUUCCGAAAUAUUACAGAGGGAUAGGUCAGUCAGUUAAUCUCCCGGAUCGACAUACACAAGUCAACAGCCCUCAAAUCGUCGCGUAAUCAAAGCUGUUAAUAUGACCAACUGUUAUAACUGUGCUUUUUAUAUGGUUAGUCUGAGCGAGAAACUACGAAUGGUCAACGAGGGCUUCGAUGAAGACUGUUUUCUGCAGGACGACAUCGAUCGGCUGAUGAUCGCGUUAGAUAAUCACGGACACGCAAGCAACAUCGCGCACGUACUGCAUCAGGAUAUCCAAGGCGCAUCGGCUGUGCGUCUCAUUCCAUUGUUGCAGUGCGCCGUGAGAAGCGUGGUAAAGCUGCAAGGGGACAUUCUGGCUUGCUUCGAGAACUGGCUGCCCGAUAGCAUGGAGGACGUUUUUGAGAAUCUGUGCGACCAAAGAAAAGACGACACCAAGACUAGCUUGGUGUUCCUUCGAAUCGGAUGGCAGGAUAUCUUCUCGCGGGCGACGCUGAAGGAAAUGGAUACGCGUCUGCGUCGACUCGACGCCGAUUGGCCGGUCUUCAAGAUCAGCAAGAGAGCAAAGAAACUAACGGUGCCUGAGAAAGUCAGAUGGAUGCUGCCGCCGAUAACGUACAAGUCGUUGGUUAUGCCGCGCUCGCCACUGUUGCAAUUGUCGUUGAACAGACUGCUGCCUCCACGCUCGCCGCUCGACAGACCAUCGCUGACGCCCGCUACAGAAGAAUCGCCACGGGCGAGAAUCGCCGAGCCACCGCCACCUCAAUCGCCGGAUCCACUGACAGCGAAGGAAGCGUCGCCGAGAGUGGCCACGAGCGAAGACAGCGACAAGCGGUCGUCGCCGGCUCGAUUCCAGCCGACGCAGUUUGCCAAACCGCCGAAUGCCAGGCAAUCGACCACCGAGACGAGACUUGGUCGAUCGAGCGUUGGCAGUUACGGCUACAAGGGAACCGGUAGCCUGUAUUUUUAUCGACAAAUUUAUUGUCAAAACUUGGCAUACAACGUCGCUUGACAACCUUGCUGCAACUACUCAAAGACCAAAUAGUUCGGAGAAAUAAGAGUGAUCGGCCGAUUCGUACAUUCGCACUGCGAGCAAAUUGCUGAUGCAGUUGUAUACGAAUAAUCUGAUCUCAUUUAAUUCAGUUUUAUGUUUGAUGAUAGACAGUGCCUUUUCAGUGAGUUGUAUAAAUGGUUAUGUGUAUAAGAAUGUCAUUUUAAGAAUAAUUCUCACGAAUAAAACAAGCAACAAGUUGUUCUGUUGCCUCGCAUUAUUUUUAAAA